AAUUCGUUGCGUUUAGCGGCAUUCAUUGUGUUAUUCGUGUUUGUGGUUGAUCAUCGAAAAAAGAAAAUAUGAGUAAAUUGUCUAGAAUACCGAAGGCUCUGCCCAAAGACACGGCUGAAGCGAUCCAUAAGUCAAAAAUAUUGGUUGUCGGCGCUGGUGGAAUCGGCUGUGAGGUGCUCAAAAACUUGGCCCUAACCGGCUUUCCUGAUAUCGAAGUGAUCGAUUUAGACACUAUUGAUGUCAGCAACUUGAACAGGCAGUUUCUGUUUAGGAAGGAACAUGUUGGCAAGUCGAAAGCUCAGGUUGCUAAGGAAAGUAUCCUAGGGUUCAAUCCAAACACUAAAGUUGAAGCACACCAUGAUAGCGUCACAAGUCGAGAAUAUGGUGUUAACUACUUCAAACAGUUUUCACUGGUGAUUAACGCCCUUGAUAACAGGGCUGCAAGGAGCCACGUAAAUCGCGUGUGCCUCGCAGCCGACGUGCCCCUAAUCGAGUCUGGCACUGCUGGUUACUUUGGACAGGUAGAACUUAUCAAGAGGGGCAUGACACAGUGCUAUGAGUGCCAUAUGAAGGCUCCACAGAAGUCAUUCCCUGGCUGCACAAUUCGUAACACUCCUUCAGAGCCAGUGCACUGCAUUGUUUGGGCAAAGCAUUUGUUCAAUCAACUAUUUGGAGAAGACGAUCCGGAUCAAGAUGUGUCGCCGGAUGCGGAGGAUCCGGAAGCAAAAAAAGAUGGGGAUGGGACACACAGCACCACUGAAACUGGCAAUGUAGUGCGGGUGUCUACCAGACAAUGGGUACAAGAUGUUAAAUAUGACCCAGCAAAACUAUUCAACAAGUUUUUCCAUGAUGAUAUCAAAUAUUUGCUGACCAUGGAGAAUCUAUGGAAGACAAGAAGAGCUCCAGUUCCCUUAAACUGGGAGCAGGCUGCCUCCCAUGGAGGAGAUGCUGAAAUAGAUGAAACUGACUUCCAAGCUAUCGAUACUAAAGUCUGGAGCCUCAAAAAAUGCACUGAAGUAUUUGCAGACACCAUCAAAGUUCUCAAAAAAGACAUGGAGACUAAAGAGUUUCUGGUGUGGGAUAAGGACGAUGAGCCUGCCAUGGACUUUGUCACUGCCGCUGCAAACAUUCGCUCUCACAUAUUUAACAUCACCCAAAAGUCCAGAUUUGACACUAAAUCAAUUGCUGGAAACAUCAUCCCCGCCAUCGCUUCUGCAAACGCGACAAUUGCAGGGUUGGUAGUGCUCUAUGCCAUCAGGGUGCUUAGCAAUAAGAUCGAGAAAUGUCCCAAUAUUCAUCUGCGACCGAAAUCAAGGCACUCCAAGCUUAUACUGUCUGCAGACAAAGCGAUUAUCCCGCCACGUUCCGAUUGCUACGUAUGCCGCCCCAAUCCGACUGCAUAUCUCUCGGUCAAUUGUAACGUGACCACGGUCAGCGAAUUAGAAAAUGCCAUAUUAAAACGACAUCUCAAUAUGAUCGCACCUGAUGUUAUGUUAGAAGACAAAGACAGUAUUAUCAUUUCGUCUGAAGAAGGCGAAUGCGAUGAGAAUCUUAACAAAACAUUAUACGAGGUUGGAAUCGGUGACGGAUCGAUUUUGAAGGCGGAUGAUUUCCAACAAAAUUUCGAAUUGACUAUUCACGUCACCCAGUGGGAACCAGAAAGUACAGAUGAACCAUUUAAAGUGGCAGGAAAUCCCAAUGACUUGUUGCCUAAAGAAGAUUCUCCCAAUUCGAAGACAACUGAAACUAACAAUACACCAGCAGACAAAAAGGAUAGUGAUGAUGACUUAAUGGUCGUUGAUGGAGAGGAUCCACAGGAAGGUUCUUCUUCCAAGAAAAGGAAACUUAAUCCACGUGAUGUUGAUGAUGAUGAUGAUGACAUUUCUAUUGUCGAUAUGUAAAUGUAUAUAUUUUUGUGUUACUUUUGAGUAUUUUCGUAUUAACUAAAUGUGUUUCAGUAUAA